AUGGCUUCCAACGGCGCUGCCAUCGGAACGAGCCGACCGCCGCUCCAGUCCAAGUUCAGCGAGUCCUACACGGCUCUGCUCCAGGGAAGACAGCCGUGGGCCUUGGACGAUGCCUCGGUGGAUGACCAUCCCUCCUCUUCAUCCUCCCAGUCGCGCCCGGCUGUGGCGCGCUCCAAGUCGGCGGGCAAGUCCAACUCGGGGCCUCGCUCGCGCUACUUUGCCGACCUGCUCUGCCUGCCCGUCGAAACGCGCUUGGUCGCCGAUCUGCUCGCUGCCAUCCCGCCCGAAAAACUCCUCGACGACAGCCCGCACAGCCAAGGCGCCCGCAUCGCCGACAACGUUGGCGCCCUCUGGAGGGAGGCCAUCCGCGUAUGGCGCGAGAGCGACGAGGAUGAGGUGCGCAGGAGGAACGCCGUCGACACGCUCGUCGCCCUCUCCUACCCCAUCCUCAGCAAGCGCUUCUCCAACUACUCGUUCGAUCUCAUCACCAUCUUCGCAGGCGGAAUGGACGAGGCCGACGACGUCUUCACCCUCCUCGUAGACUCGAUCCACGACACCCUUCGCGGCGGCGAUCUCGCUCGCGUCCGCAUCCCUUCCUCCACCCGUGACGACGCUGACGACUCGGAUGCACAUGCUGCCGAAGCAAGGGCCUGGAUCGAUGCAGAGGUGCAGCAUCGCGCACUCCAGCUCGGCCUCCUUUGGCUCUCGUGCGUCGCCCAAACCUCUCUCGCCGCCUACUUUCUCCGCCGCGACCUCUUUGUCACCGCCUCCGCCUUCACCUCGUCCCCCGGCGGCGCCCGCUACGCCUACGAAGGUGCCGUCUUCCUCGGCCUCUUGGCCACCAUCGGUCAAGGCUCAGCAGGAGGCAUCUCGCUCAACGUCAGCACCUCCAAUCCGUACGCUCGACGCUUCCGCGACUGGGUCGACGAGCAAUGCAUGGCCAAGAUCCUCGUCGCAGCCGCGUCUGCCAUGGACCGUGACGUGCAAUCCUAUCGACAAGUCGUCGACGAUUCGCCUCCCUCGUUGGCAGGCAGCAUCGCUGGACUCGCCACCAUGCGCUGGGUCUCGGGAUUCUCCGAACUCCUCGGCCCUGCCGCUCUACCACUGGCCUCCGACCCAAAACGAAAGGCAGCAUCAGCAGCCUCGGCAGUCGGCGCAGACUUCUCCCAUCUACCUUCGCCCACCUGCGUCAUCCUCCUGCCCCUCUUCCUGCUGUCCAGAUCAAAUCAGGCCUUCACUUCGCUCAUUCUGGAUACAGCAGAUACAGACGUGAGCACCGGCGACACACGCGCAAGAGCCAGUGAGGACUCCUUCUGCCAUUUGGCCUCGCUCGCCUCUUACCUCGUCACGCACGCCUCGGUCUCGGCGCGCUCUGCCUCGUACGGUCGUAUUGGCUUGCUCUGCCUCCUCGUCUUCCUCUACGAUCCGCGCGGAUGCCGCAACAUGCUCUUCGACUCGCAGCACGCCACUCGCACGCUCGAGCGCAUCCGCCUCUGCCGACAGCGCGAGCCCGCCCUGGCGCUGCCCCGAACGAAACGCACCCGCCUCAUCACCGCCGUGCUCGACGUGGCCACCUGCUCGCUGCGCUACAAUCUCAGCAAACGCAUCGAUACGGCUUCGUACCUCAUCAGCCUCAGACUCGUUCAGCGCGCCGUCGUGCUGUGUUCCGACGAGCGCGUUCAGCUCGAGUACGACUGGCACGAUUGCUGGAGUGCCACGCUCGCACUCGCCGCCUUCCUCGCCGCUCGCUACACCGAGCUUCGCUCGAGCCGCGACCUGCCCGAGCUCAUCAGGGCGCUCAUCGCCACGCUCAAUUCGAUCCUGCUGCGUUCCGACCAUUUCCUGCCAUCGACGCACGAGAUCAACCACUUUGUCUACGAGCUCGUCCGGUGCUCCCCGACGCUGCGCAAGACCGUCAUGCUUCUCGACCCGUCUUCGUCCAAGGAUGCCGCAGGCACGCCAGGUCGAGAUGCGGAUCGACAGGCGGCAGUGGGGCCUACGCCGCCAAAGCUGUACGCGCAGGUGCCCGGGUGGAAGAACAUCGAGCGCGUCAUCCAGGCGGUCGAGGCGAGCAUUGCAGACUGGGUCGAGCAGAAACCGCGAAGUCGGCGAAACCAGACACCGGACAUCAACACCAUCACAAAACUCAUCGCCGCCAUCGACCGCGAACAGCUGCUGGCCGGUGCCAACGAGGACGGCUAUGCGGCCUCGGGUCCCUUUGAAGGCGCCAAUAAGGCGGCUGUGCAGGCAGCUAUGCAUCACGAGCUCGAAUGGCUCGAUCGCAUCCAGGAACAGUGUUUGCCCGAGUUCGUCCGCCAUGCCUGCGCCGAUGUCCUGCGCAUCCUGCCCAUCUACUGA